UUUGCCGUUAUCAAGCAGCUCGUCCACAAGUGAUCAAGACCCUCACGACCCCUACCUCCCUGUUUCCUGCCGCCAGUAUGAAGGUUGUCAUCCUCCUCGCUCUUGUCUCCGUCGCUGCUGCCCGCAUGGCCUACCAAUUAUCUGACGGCUUCCUUAAGAUCCUGGGCGGUAACCCCAACACAGCGUUCUCGUGCGACAACCGCCCCUAUGGCUACUAUGCCGACGUGGCCAACGAUUGCAGGAUCUUCCAUAUCUGUCACCCUGAAGUUGACGAAUUUACUGGAGAGGUUCUUCGACAAGAUCAUUUCUCCUUCUACUGCGGUAACCAGACCAUCUUCAGCCAGGAGUCCCUCACCUGCGCCCACCCCGAGGAAGCCUUCCCCUGUGACCAGGCUGAGUCCCUCUACGACAUCUCCAACGCCGAUUUCGGCAAGAUCCCCGAGCCGACCGGAAACUUCCAAUAGUGUAGCUUCUGUUUCCUGUGUUACUGUUGUUUGUCACCAGAGGUUCUAAAGUGUUAUCCAUGCAUUCAUUAUUUUUAUGAUCUAAAUGUAUUUUUUGUGCGUUAUCUUGUAGUUUUCUCUUGCACAUCAUUUCUGCUUCCUGACUGCUUCCCCACGUGCUGCUUUACAAUUAUAGUUCUUGUAACCUUCCAGCAUUACACUCUCUACACGUCUAGUGCUCAAAGCUUGUUUAUGCAAAACAACACACCACAAGGGUUUACUGGUGAGAUAUAUAUAUUUUGCCUGAGUAUUUAAGCACCGCUUCUCUGCUGUGCAGGGAGCGAGCCUGCACAAUGAGCAAGUGUAUAGAUUGCUGAGCACUUGCUAACCUGUGCCAGGCAUUAUAGAGGCAGCGGGCUGGGCCUGUUGCACUCUUUACAAGUCUUGUUAUAGUACACCCGUACAAUGUCCUGCAUCAAUAAAUGUUUGCAUCCUC